AUGGAGUUUUAUAUAGAUGAUCUCCCGAUUCUCUUCCCUUACCCUCGAAUUUACCCCGAGCAAUAUGCAUAUAUGUGCGAUCUCAAGAAGGUCCUUGAUGCAGGUGGACACUGCGUCCUGGAGAUGCCCUCGGGGACCGGGAAGACCAUUACUCUGCUCGCUUUGAUUGUCGCAUACCAACAGCAUUACCCGGAGCAUAGAAAGCUGAUCUAUUGUUCUCGAACCAUGUCUGAGAUCGAGAAAGCUCUGAGCGAGUUGCACGCAUUGAUGAAAUAUCGCUCUCAGAAACUUGGAGCUGUUGAAGACUUCCGAGCUUUGGGGCUGACUAGCAGAAAGAAUCUGUGUCUACAUCCAUCUGUGAAACGUGAAAAAAGCGGGACUGUAGUUGAUGCUCGAUGUCGAAGCCUUACUGCGGGGUUUGUUAAGGAGAAGAAGGAGAAGGGGGAGGACGUUGAGCUUUGCAUAUACCAUGAGAACUUAGAUCUUUUGGAGCCCGGUAACCUGGUCCCACCAGGGGUGUUCACACUUGACGGGCUUAUUAAAUAUGGAGAGCAGUAUAAGCAAUGCCCCUACUUUUCUGCCCGACGAAUGAUGCAAUAUUGCAACGUCAUAAUUUAUUCGUAUCACUACCUUCUUGACCCAAAAAUAGCUGAGAGAGUGUCCAAAGAGCUAUCAAGGGACAGCAUUAUAGUGUUUGAUGAAGCCCAUAAUAUUGAUAAUGUUUGUAUCGAAUCCCUCAGCAUCGAUCUUACUGAAGACUCACUACGAAAGGCGAGUCGUGGUGCAAACAACCUUGAACGUAAAAUAGACGAAAUGAAAAGCACCGAUGCAGAAAAACUGCAAAACGAAUACCAAAAGCUUGUGGAAGGCUUGCAGGAAGCAGACGAAGCACGGGAAGAGGAGCAAUUGAUGGCAAACCCUGUCCUUCCAGAUGAUCUUCUCAAAGAGUCUGUACCUGGGAAUAUACGUCGAGCAGAACACUUUGUAGCCUUUUUGAAACGCUUCAUUGAAUAUCUGAAAACCCGGAUGAAGGUUACCCAUACUAUCUCAGAAACACCAUUAUCAUUCCUCUCACAUCUCAAAGACCUGACGUUUAUAGAACGAAAGCCUUUGCGAUUUUGCGCAGAAAGACUUACGUCCCUGGUCCGUACCCUGGAGCUCGUGAAUAUCGAAGACUACCAGCCACUCCAAGAAGUUGCUACGUUUGCUACACUUGCUGCAACAUAUGAGAAAGGCUUCCUACUCAUCCUUGAACCCUUUGAGUCUGAUACAGCAACAGUUCCUAAUCCUAUUCUACAUUUCACCUGCCUGGAUGCCGCGAUCGCCAUAAAGCCUGUAUUUGACAGGUUUAGCUCCGUUAUUAUAACGUCUGGAACCCUUUCUCCGCUGGAGAUGUAUCCAAAGAUGCUUGGAUUCGAUGCCGCUCUUCAAGAAUCAUACAGUAUGACUCUUGCCCGCCGCUCCUUUUUACCAAUGAUUGUCACACGAGGCUCCGACCAGGCACAAAUAUCAUCGUCGUUUCAAAUACGCAAUGAUCCGGGAGUUGUCCGAAAUUAUGGCAACAUGCUCCUUGAAUUUUGUCGUAUAACUCCGGAUGGGGUUGUGGUAUUUUUCCCAUCCUACCUUUAUAUGGAAUCUAUAAUCAGCAUGUGGCAGGGUAUGGGUAUUCUAGACUCCGUAUGGAAUUAUAAAUUGAUACUCGUUGAAACACCUGAUUCCCAAGAAUCAUCUCUUGCUCUUGAAACCUACCGCACUGCAUGUUGCAACGGUCGCGGCGCAGUUCUACUGUGUGUUGCUCGAGGGAAGGUCUCUGAAGGAAUCGAUUUUGACCACCAUUACGGGCGUGCUGUCCUUUGUAUUGGUGUUCCGUUCCAGUAUACCGAGUCACGAAUCUUGAAGGCUCGGCUUGAGUUCUUGCGUGAAAACUACCGUAUACGCGAGAAUGAUUUUCUUUCUUUCGAUGCUCUUCGACAUGCUGCUCAAUGCCUGGGGCGUGUCCUUCGCGGUAAAGAUGACUAUGGGGUAAUGGUGCUUGCUGACCGUAGAUUUCAGAAAAAAAGGAACCAGUUACCUAAAUGGAUAAGUCAGGCCAUGCUUGAAAGUGAAACAAAUCUAAGUACCGAUAUGGCGGUUGCAACUGCAAAAAUUUUCUUGAAAUCAAUGGCACAGCCAUUCAAAGCGAAAGAUCAGGAAGGUAUUUCAACAUGGAGCCUGGAAGAUUUAAAACGACAUUUGGAAAAGAAAAAACAAGAAGUGGAAAAAGAACAGGGCAAUCAAAUGGUGUGGACUGCAACCAACGGGGCGGCAGCACCUGAUGCCCACGCUAUGGGCGAUGAUGAAGAUUUCAACGAAGACCUCCUGGCAGAACUUGAGGCAUAA